AUGCAGUUUGGUAAUGUGUUGGACUACAGAAUGGCUACAAGUUACGAGUGCAUCAAUAGACCAAAGUUGAAAGGAGUGUUUUCCGGUGAAGGCAGUUUCGGAGAGAAACUAAAGAAUGCAACUAUCGUUGGAUUCAAGAAGAGAUUGCGACCCAUCAAGAAGGAUAAAGUCGCAGAGAAAGGAGACUCCAUCACUGAGGUCACGAAUACAGUCAGGGAGCAAGCCGAGGAGAUUGUGCAAGAUAUAGAAGAUGAGGUUGCCGGUGAAAAUCGCGCAAAACGCCAAGCGUUCAAGGAUCAUAGAUAUCCAAAUAUGCUAUGGUCAGAAGGAGUGAAUUAUUACUUCCAUAAGCUCGCAAGCAGGCAGAUGAGAAGUUCCUUCGAAAAAAGGAGCGAACAGCUAUGGGACAGGAUACGCCAUCAAUUCACACGAAAACCCAUUCUCGCCAAAGAUCGAAUUAUGGUAUUCCCGGAGGAUGGAUGUUGGUCUUACGUCGGAAAACUCGGCGGUGAACAGAAGCUGUCACUAGGAAGUGGUUGUGAAACGGUAUCCAUCGCUGCGCACGAGCUUGGUCACGCUCUUGGAUUUUUCCAUACAAUGUCUCGACACGAUCGCGACGACUUCAUCACGGUAAACAAGCACAAUAUCAAGGUGAGUGUUCGCCAGUGCCCCUAUUAA